CAUUGUUUUGACAAUUUAGAAAUAUCUUCCUUUGUCGUUUAGUAUUUGUAACAUAUGUUUGAGUUAAAUAAUAAGUAAAUUAAUAAUAAAAAAUGGACGAGCAAAACAUUCCCAUUGACAUCAACAAUAACAAGCUUCUAGACUGGCUAAUCAGUCGCCGUCAUGUUAAUAAGGACUGGCAAAACAGCAUUCUUCAGAUUCGGGAAAAAAUUAACAAUGCCAUUCAAGACAUGCCAGCGCAUGAAGGAAUAAUUAAAUUAUUGUCGGGUCAACACAUAAAUUAUUUCCACUGUCUGAAGAUUAUUGAUAUUCUUAAAGAAACUGAAGCGGAUACGAAGAAUUUGUUUGGGAGAUAUGGAUCGCAGAGAAUGAAAGAUUGGCAGAAUAUUGUUUCCUCAUAUCAGAAGGACAACAUUUAUCUAGCUGAGGCUGCACAGAUCCUAAUUCGUAACGUGAGUUAUGAAAUUCCAAGUUUAAAGAAACAAAGUGCAAAACUAGAACAGUCGAUAACUGAGUCAGAGAAGAAAAUUAGAGACUAUUCAAAAAAUGAAGCUUUAGCAAUAAAAGAAUUUAAUACAUCUUGCGAACAAUUGGGAAUUGCUGGCAAAAAUAUUAAAAGCGAACUCCUAAGUCUUCUUAAUGAAUUAACAGCAAUUUAUGAAGUUGCAGCAGAAAAAAUCAAAAUUGUUAAUCCAGCCAUUGAGUUAUAUGAAGAAUUUAACAAAUUUUUAUCUGCAAGAAGUAGUAAUGCAGAUGUAGUUCCCUUAUUAAAAUUUGUAAUAGAAAAUGGAAAUGUAACAACUUAUCAAUACACUUAUGGGGAGAAGCCAUUGAAAAUCGAGAUGGAAGGUGAUAAUUCUGACAAAAACACCGUGGAAGAAUUAAAUGAUGCAGAAGAACAAAUUGAUUUUGGGGAUAACGAAAUUGACUUUGGUGACAUAUCUGUUGAGAACAAUGACUUUGACUUUGGUGAGCAACCAAAAAUUGAUUGGGGUGGCACCCCAAGUACAGAUGAAGAAUUUGAAAUUGUAAGUCACACCGAUGUUGAAGUUUCACUAGAAGAAUCAGGAAUAGUGGUUGAAAAAUCUGGCAUGGAUGGAGGAAUUGCAAAAGGUACAGAAGCUUUAACAGUAUUAGACAAUCCAAAAACUCGAGAUCAAAUUAUAAAUGAACUGAUGGAAUUGGAAGCUUUUCUCAAAAUGCGCCUCUUCGAGUUGUCUAGUGAUUCUGACAUACUGGCGAUGUCCCAGAUGCAGAAUGCACCUCCUAUGCUUCAAAUGCAAACCAUUGAGUCUGUUACACUGAUGAAUGAUUGCGUCAACGUCGCUCUUUCCGAAUUUAUGAACAAACGGAUUUUACAUUUACACAAUAUCAAGCACUCUCCAAAAUACGUAGACAUCUUGACAUCCAGUCUGAAACAGAAACUGGCUGUUGCUGAAAGAAUGAAACAGAGCAUUAGUAUUUUGGAAGAUCAGAUCAAGAAAUAUAAAAGUGAAAUCAGGAGUUUUGAACCAGCCAUUAAGCUGCUUAUUGACAAGACUAAACAGUUACAGAAAGAAGUCCAAGAAGAUAUUUCUAAGAGGUACAAAGGCCGUGUUGUAAAUAUAGUUGGUGGUGUUAAUAUGCUAUAAGUUAAUUUUUUUGUUGGUAAUUGUUAUAUUCACGAAAAAAUAAAUAUUCAUAUUAACCAUA